CCUGCUAGUGGUGGAUCGCCGUGAAGUGAAGCCCGAAGGUUGUUUCUUCAGACCAACAACAAAAACAGUGCGAGCGGACUGCCGUGAAUGGAAGCGACGAGUGGCUGACUUGCCGUUCACUGAUACUGUUUCAAUACCCCGUGUUUCGUGGAAGGGGCCCUGCGUCAGCGGCCGGUGUGUGUGUGUGUGGGCCAGCGCCCCCUGCAGGAGUGUGUGGGCGUGAACAUGAACAGGAACAAGCGGGAGAAAGAGAAGGAGCACUACAGCAUCGAGGCGGGAGACUCCACCUUCACCGUGCUCAAGCGCUACCAGAACCUGCGCCCCAUUGGAUCUGGAGCACAGGGCAUCGUCUGCUCGGCGUACGAUCACAACUUGGAGCGGAAUGUGGCGAUUAAGAAGCUGAGCCGACCGUUCCAGAACCAGACGCACGCCAAGCGCGCCUUCCGAGAGCUCGUCCUCAUGAAGUGUGUCAACCACAAGAACAUCAUCGGCUUAUUAAACGUCUUCACCCCUCAGAAGACACUUGAGGAGUUUCAGGAUGUGUAUCUGGUGAUGGAGCUGAUGGAUGCUAACCUGUGUCAGGUGAUUCAGAUGGAGCUGGACCACGAGCGGCUCUCGUACCUGCUCUACCAGAUGCUGUGUGGCAUCAAACACCUGCACGCAGCAGGCAUCAUCCACAGGGAUCUGAAGCCCAGUAAUAUCGUGGUCAAGUCGGACUGCACGUUGAAGAUUCUGGACUUUGGUCUGGCGCGGACGGCGGCGACCGGUCUGCUGAUGACGCCGUACGUGGUCACCCGCUACUACCGUGCCCCCGAGGUCAUCCUGGGCAUGGGUUACCAGGCCAACGUUGAUGUGUGGUCAAUCGGCUGCAUCAUGGCUGAGAUGGUCAGAGGCAGUGUAUUGUUCCCAGGCACUGACCAUAUCGACCAAUGGAACAAGGUGAUUGAGCAGCUGGGCACGCCCUCUCAGGAGUUCAUGCUGAAGCUCAACCAAUCGGUGCGCACGUACGUGGAGAACCGCCCCCGCUACGCUGGAUACAGCUUCGACAAGCUCUUCCCCGACGUGCUGUUCCCUGCCGACUCAGAACACAACAAGCUCAAAGCGAGUCAGGCCAGAGACCUGCUGUCUAAGAUGCUGGUGAUUGACGCCUCCAAGCGCAUAUCUGUGGAUGAGGCCCUGCAGCACCCCUACAUCAACGUGUGGUAUGACCCGUCCGAGGUGGAAGCGCCCCCCCCUGUGAUCACAGACAAGCAACUGGAUGAGCGAGAGCACACAGUGGAAGAGUGGAAAGAGUUGAUCUAUAAGGAGGUGUUGGACUGGGAGGAGAGAACAAAAAAUGGGGUGAUCAGAGGACAGCCCCCCACCCUAGGUGCAGGUGCAGCAGUGAUGGCGGACCCUUCGCCUCGUCCCUCCUCCUCCUCCUCGUCUGUAACCGAUGUGUCGUCCAUGUCCACCGAUCCCGCCUCCCCCAUCGCCACGGAUACCGACAGCAGCGCCACGGCAACGGCAACGGCCACGGCAACACUGGGCUGCUGCAGGUGACCACGCCCACCGGCCUCCCAUUGGCUCUCCUGAGGGGGGAGGGGGAGGGGCCAGAGGAGCUGAGGGCUCGCGAGAGCCAAUCAGACGCCUCCUCCCGACACCUCACCAGCUCCACAUGAACUGUUUGUUUGUUUGUUUGUUUUUUUGUUUGUUUGUUGUUUUCCCACGUGUCAUCUUACUUUAAGCUAACGCUGCGGCAUCAUCUUGCCAUAUUCAUGUCGAGCGUUUGAAGUCAUUUGCAGGCUUUUAAGGUAAAUAUUUUUUUUAGACUUGUUUAUGGUUCAUUGUUUUUGUUUAUUGCGGUGAGCGUGCGAAACCCCCGCCCUUAUUUAUUUACCCUCCCACCCCCGAGUGGGAAGCUCCGCCUCCGUUGCUAUGGCUUCCUGAGUGGAGAUAUUAUGGGAUGUGCUCACAUAGGCUGCAGAUUGGGAAGCUCUCCUACAGCGAAGAGUGUGUGUGUGUGUGUGUGUGUGUGUGUGUGUGUGUGUGUGUGUGUGUGUCAUGCACACACUCCUGCAUCUCAUACUUGUAAAAUAUCAAUGUAAGAACCUGUUGUACUCUGUGAAUACUUUCGUUGGUGAUCUGGAGAUCUGAUGAUCGUGCAAAAGAUGUUUUGAUUAAGCUAAUUCAUCUAUGUUUGUUUGUUUGUUUGUUUUGUUUGUCCUUUUGAAAAAGAUUUUCUGUUGGAAACGUAAGGGUAAUCGUAGUCUUUUCAAGCAAAAAGAGACAAAAAGCUUUUCAACUUUUCCACAUUAUUAAGGUUGCUAUGGUUGCUAUGGUUGCUUCUGACACUGUUGAUCUUCACACACUGCUCCUCCUCACAGAGAGAGAGAGAGAGAGAGAGAGAGAGAGAGAGAGAGAGAGAGAGAGAGAGAGAGAGAGAGAGAGGCGCCGCCGACAACUCUCCAGG